UAUUCAUGCUCAGCAGCGCGUGUGUAGAGCUCGAUCGAUGGAGCCUGUAACUGUUGCUCCCACAGUGCUCUGCCCACUGGAAUCUCAGCGGUCGGUGCGUGGGCUGAUCCUGAAGCUGUUCGUUGUCAACUUUGUCACCCUCUGUUUCUACUUCCACUCCUAUCACCAACGAGAAGGCAGAUAUCUUACCCUUGAUGUUGUGGUAUUUUUCUUAGCGCCGCUGAACACCGUGCUCCGCUAUAGCGCUGCAUUGCUAAUCAUCCUCGGCUACGCGACCUAUGGUGUUGCGUCCAGUCUCCGAAUCAAAAACCGCAAAACCCAUCGCCGACGGAUCCUCUCAAACAGUAGUCGCGCGCUAUCGUCAUUACUGGGCCGAACGAAGAGCCUCGAUAUGAGUUAUAGUUUACUCGGCAACGCUCCCCGCCCGGCCAGAGUAGAGCGCCUUGCUGCCCGAAUUGGACCCGUGAUCCCAGCCCUCGGCUAUAUCGUGCAGUGCUGUGGUGCAAUCUACCUCUAUAAGCGCCGGUGUCGGUGGAACGGGGUGACGAUGAUCGACGAACAGAUCCUCCAACUCGCCGGCGGGGGUCUGCUGCUAGGCAUCAUAUCGGCCGGCUACACGGUCCGCCUACCGUAUUUCAACGACCCCAUUCCAGACACUAGGGAGGCCUGGUUAGAACACGCUGUUCACUUCCUCCGCGACCAAAGCGACGACGAAGAGGUCCUCCGCGACGAACCGGCCUUCGUUCGACGCCUCCUCUACCUCUUCAAAAGCCUCGCCUUCGCAUUCAUCGUCCAGCUACUCCUUCGCAACCCCAUCUUCAUCAACUCAUUCUUCGACCUCAUCGGCCCGCUCUGGUGGUUCUGGGUGCUGCUCCUUGCAUUCGGGGCAGCAAUGAUGGCAUAUUCGGAGAGGGCGCCAAAACGGUUCCGCGACCCGGCGAGGUCGAAUGCAACCGUGCGUUCCUUUGUCGUGUUUUGUGCCGGAUUUUUGUACUUGGGUCUAGGUAUCAUUCUUGCUGCUGGCACGACUGGGGCUUUGGUGUGGCAUCUUCUGUUCUAUGUCCGGCUUGGAUUACAGGCUAAGGGGUUGAGGAAUGAGCCCUUGGAUGCGCCGUGUCCGUUGUUGAUGGCCGAUCCGGAGGCGGAGUAUAUUUGGUGGCUUGCGUGAUGGUGGACUAUGAAGCUGUAUGAGAUAUAUACUGAUGUGUCACUGGGUAGCUAGGGUAGCGUUGGUAUAGCCAUAUGUAUUUAGUGGUGGGAGCUGUUUAAGAUACAUUGGUCCGAUGAUCGGUUCAUCCCUGACAUGGGUACACAGUAAUUGCAACACCGCUAAGCGCAAUAGAAAUUGACAUAGCACUCGGGC